ACCCGGGAUCCACAGCUGCUCUUUUCUGUGGACAGUUAUUCUGAUGUUUUCGCCGUAUCGACUUCUGGGAUCAGACGGUAUCUCACCCUGUUGCAGCCUUUAGACAGAGAGGCACAAGACUCCUAUACGUUCACGCUGUUGGCGUCAGAUGGUGUUCAGCAGAGUCCUCCUGUCAGUGUGACCAUAACCGUGCUGGAUGCCAAUGACAAUACUCCAACGUUUUCCAACGUCUCCUAUAGUGUAAACCUUUUCACUGAUAUGUUGCACGGAGAAACCGUCAUGCAGAUGUCAGCAGUUGACGCUGAUGCAGGUGAAAACGGUCAAGUCACCUAUCGCAUCUUGGCUGGUGCUCAGGGAAAGUUCCUAAUAGACACCAGUACUGGGAUAAUUACAGUGGCACCCGGCGCUGAGCUGACUGUUGGCCGAAGCUACGCUUUGACUGUAGAAGCUGCGGACAAUGGGCCUGUGCCUCACCGAAGGUCUUCCAUUACAACAGUCUAUGUUGAGGUUUUGCCUCCAAACAACCAGAGCCCUCCUCGCUUUCCUCGCCAACAAUACAACCUUGAGAUCAGUGAAGCCAUGAGGACUGGUGCUACACUUCUUAAUCUGCAGGCAGUGGAUCGAGAAAAGGAUCCGAUAACCUACAACAUCCACAGUGGGGAUAUUAAUGGAAAUUUUGCACUACAGCAGAGUUCGGGGUAUUUAAUUCUGGAUAAGCCUUUGGACAGGGAGUCUGUGGAUCAUUAUAUCCUGACGGUCACAGCCUCAGACGGACGUCCAGAUGGAACCUCCACUGCGACGGUGAGCGUGGUGGUGACCGACGUGAAUGACAACAAACCAGUGUUCAACUCUUCACUGCCAACGAACUUCACUGUCACUGAGGAGCAGGAUAACGCCCUCGUUGGACAGGUCAUGGCAACAGAUCCAGAUCUGGGAGCAAGCGGUCAGGUCCAUUAUAGGCUUGUCAACCAUCAGACGCUGUUUUCCAUCAAUGCCAGCGGAGUCAUCAGGACUGCAGCGCCGCUGGACAGAGAGGUGACAGGACACUAUUCCCUGGUUGUUGAAGCAUUGGAUGGUGCAGUGGACCCUCGGCGAUCCAGACUUACUCUCUCUGUGACCGUUUUGGAUGUGGACGACAACAGCCCAAUAUUCACCCAACAAUCUUACAAUGUCAGCCUACCUGAAAACAGCCCAAAGGACACUGUCAUACUACAAUUAAAGGCAAUAGAUGCUGACCUCACCUCCAACCUCACAUAUCGAAUCAGAGCUGAAGGCCUGGAUCCUGAGAUAAUGCAGCUUUUUCGCAUUGACCCCAUGACGGGGGAGCUGUCUGUGCUCAAGGUGCUGGACUAUGAAGCUCUGGCCACUCCUGAACCCAAGUACACUUUCACUGUGGAAGCUGUGGACAUAGAGGGAACCAUGCCUCCUGGGCUUGCCUUGGUUACUGUCAGAAUACUGGACAUGAAUGACUUCUCUCCAGCAUUCAGCCAGCCCAUCUACAGAGGCAUGGUUGCCCCUAACGCUGUCAAGGGAACCAUUGUAACCACGGUGAUGGCCAACGACUCUGACCCUGCGGAUACCCCAGCAGGUCAAGUUCGCUACAAGGUGGACCCGAAGGCAUAUCCAUACUCUGCUAGUAUAUUCGAUGUAGAUGAACAGAAAGGUCAUGUGGUAACCAGAGUAAAUCUUAACGAGGAACCCAACUUAAAGUUCAGUCUGGUGGUGGUGGCCUAUGAUUAUGGUGAGCCUGUGAAAGAGAACACGACUCUCGUUGAAAUCACAGUCCUCCAGCCCUCUGUUAUUCCCGUGUUCACUCAAGAAGAAUACAGAUUUUCACCAGUGAGUGAGGCGGCUGCGGUUGGAACCCCAGUGGGAGUCAUCAUGGCAGCGGCUGUCAAUCAAACCAUCGUGUAUUCCAUCAUUGAAGGCAAUGAAGGAGGUGUGUUUUCUUUAAAUGAAACGACUGGUGAGAUUUACACAGCCAAGUCCCUGGACUAUGAAACCAAUUCCAGCUAUGUUCUGAAGGUUGAAGCAGACUCCAUGCGAGUGGUCUCAUCCAAUCUUCGAGCUCCCUCAAAAUCUAAUACAGCUAGGGUGGUGAUUGAUAUCCAUGAUGAGAACGACCACCCACCAGUGUUCACCAGAUCUCUUUACAUCGGAGGAGUUGCAGAGGAUGCCAAAACUUUCACUUCAGUCUUGCAAGUACAGGCUUUGGACAAAGACACUGGUAACUACAGCUCCAUGAUCUACAGACUGAUCAUCCCCCCUCCCACAGGAAAGGAAACCAGAGACAGCAAAGACGGAUUUGUCAUUGAACCGUACACCGGUGUGGUGAAGACGGCAAUCAUGUACCGCAACAUGAGGAGGUCGUAUUUCAAAUUUGACGUGGUUGCAACCGACAACUACGGCCAGGGCCACAGCAGCAAAGCAGAGAUAGUGGUGUCUGUUGUGAACCUGCUCGACAUGCAAGUGGUCGUGUCAAACGUGCCUCCGACAUACGUUGACAAAAACAAAGACAAACUGCUCAGCAUUUUGGAACGCUACGUCCAGGAGCAGGUAGUCGGCGCCAAGGUUGUCGUGGAAACCAUUGGGCCCCACCGGGAUGGUGAAACAAUGGAGACUGAAGAUUACACCAAGUCAGAUCUCAUGAUUUAUGCCAUCGAUCCGCUGACAAAGAGAGCUAUAUCUAGACAGGAGCUCUUUAGGUUUCUGGAUGGGAAUCUGCUGGACAUCAAUAAAGAGUUCCAGCCUAUUCUUCCUCCUGGAGGCAGAAUUCUGGAAAUCAGAACCCCCGAAGUGGUGGCCAGCGUGAAGAAAGCCGUGCACAGUGUAGGCUACACAGAGGGGGCACUCUUGGCUCUGGCCGUUAUCAUCAUCAUCUGCUGUGUUCCUGCUAUUUUAAUUGUCAUUAUCACGUACAGACAAUUCAAAGAACGACAAGCCGAGUGUGCCAAAACAGCCCGUAUCCAGAUGGCGCUGCCAACAGGCAAACCCGGGGGAGGCACUGCCAACAACCUGUACGAGGAGCUCGGUGACAACGCCAUACAACACCGUUCGUCUAUCAGCCACGGUGGUGGUGGCGGCAGCCUUGGCAGCUUAGAUGAAAGCGACCGCCAGCGCCUGCUCUCGGACUUUGCCACGCGAGCCAUUGCCGCCCAUCGCCAGUGCCUCGCUAAUGGAGGGGUGCUCAACAAGCUACCCAAGUCCGAGUCCAACAUCACCUUUCUCUCGGAUGAAAACCCCCGAACUACCAAAAAUCCCCUCUACCAUGAGGACGGAACCUUAAGUAGCCCUGAGAACCUCGGAAGCAACAAGAAGAGGAGAGAUCUUCUUGGGAAUUUUUCCCCUUCCAGAAAGGCUCUUCAAGACGCCUGGUUGAGGCUCAGCUCACCUGGAUGUGACUUGGGAUUCGGGGGUUACAGCGGCACUGAUGGCGCAUGGGGAUCAGGAGGGGGACACAGCUGGACUCUCCCGUCGAGGUUACACAGAAGGGAAAUGUAUGACGCUUUAAGACGUCAGGUGGUGAUGGACCCUGUGCAGUGGGAGCAUGAGCUCCUGAAGGCUGAGUUUAAGGAGAGCAAAGAUGCUGGUCUGGAUUCAGGCUUUGACCAUGGACUAGACUCAGAUGCCAUGGGAAGCCCAGGUCUUGAGCCAAAGUUGACAGUGAAGGAACAGGCCAGACAGUUUGAGCAACAGGCACUCCAGGAAAUGAAACAACGGCAAAACAGAGAUUCCAGAGGCUCACUGUCCUCUGAUAUCUUACUUGCCGCCAUCACAGAUACUCCUCAGCAUCAGAAGCACAGUCCCUCCCACAACGCGGCAACUUCGGAGAUUGCGGAAGGUCCUCCGAGUAUCAUCGUAACUCAGAGCGACGGAGGCACUCCUCCGCCGAGCCACAAGCCGACGCCUCCUGUACUGAGGCGCUUCGGAGCAAGUUUAACAGGAAAUCACAUUGCAGAAGAAAGACUUCAAGUACAUUUAGAGGUGAUCCCAGAUCCACCUUCAACACCUCCACCGCCACCCCCAUCGCCACCACCACCACCCCCUCCUACCACUGCUCCUCCUCCUCCUCCUCCUCCUCUACCUCCCUCACCACCUCCUCCUCCUCCUCUACCUCCCUCUCCUCCACGUCCAAGGUACGUUUCUCCUGUCCCUCCUGGCUCUCCAGUUUCAUUGAACUCCAUUCCUAAUGGCGCUUCUCCGCCUCCACGUCCGCCACCCCCGCCGCCUCCACCUCUACCUCCCCCCGUGUCCCCCUCGGUUUUGCGUCCAUCCACGUUUGUCCUCCCCACUCUCUCAGAGUUGCCAGUGCUGCGGCCCGUGUCUCUCCGACCGCUGCCCCUUCCCACGGAGCCCGAGCCCUCCCGAAAGGAGCGGAAGGGAAUCUUAAAGAACAUCCAGAACAUAGCGGACAUCGAGAAAUCGGUGGCAAACAUGUUCAGCCAGAUAGACCAGAAGCAGAUUCCCCUCAAAAAGGUCCUGAAGAGCCGGGCCUCUGUGGAUUCUGUGGACAAUCUUGACUCCUUGGACACGUUGGUGGUUGGGAGAGAGCCUGAGCAGGGAGAAGGAGAAGGAGGAGCGGGAGGAGGCGAAGCAGAGAAUAACCCCCCGAUUCGACACAUUCCAAGCCCAAACAUGAACUCUAUUGUCGAAGAGCUUGAGAAACGGUUCCCUUCUCAGUCUACAUUGCUCUAGCGUUGCAUUGCAGUGAGGAAUGUAGUAUUACAUUACUCUGUAAUUUAAUGGUGAGCCGUUAAGAAACAAACCAAAAUGCAUCAGCUAGGAUACUUUAAAGGGAUGUAGACUUUCAUCCCUAAUCCUAACCGUAGCCCUGUGCUCUUCUGGAAGGGCUCCCUGUUUUCUUCAUAGGGCAAGAAAGAAUGAAAACUCUGCUGUGCAUAACUUUAUGGUUAGAACUCCUCUCUUCUUAUUUGACAUAAGGUAUAAACUGAAAAUGAGUAGGAAAAAGUUAAGAUGUCUUUUAGCUACCUUAAGGUGACUUACUCUCAUUGACGUUUUACAUUCAGUGGAAGUAAAAUGUGUCCAUAUUGAUAAUCCAUGCUCCAGUGAAUGUUCUUCUCAUCAAAAUCUGUGAGUGGACGUGGGACAGACACCAUCUUUUCCAAAAAUUGGAACACAGGACUGAGUUGCUUUUAACACAGAGCUGAGCAUCUGAACGAGUCCAGUUUUGGUGUAACAAAUGUAAAGAAAUCUGCCGGCCACGACAGAACAUAGCAAGACGAGGAUCCUUUGUUCUUUUUUGGUUUGUUUUUUUGUUUCAUAGAAAGUUUUACUUACGUCUUCUUGCAGGGUAGAGAUGUUGACUCUAUUCGUACUUGAGGUGAAAGACGACCUGACUUUCACAUGAAUGACUGAAGACUUAACUGGGACUCGUGGUCUGAGACACACAUCUCAUGAACAUUCACUGCAGGGUAAAGGCAGCCCUGCAGUAAGCUACAGAAUGCAGCUCCCGCAGAUGAUGUUAGUAUUCUGUAAAGAUGACUUUGGUUUAUCAGCCAUAAAUGCUCCCAAACACUGACUACUAACGGUCCAUGGCUGUCUGUUUGUGCCGGAGAGAAACCUGUCAGGUUUGGGUUUCUACUGAACGCUGUAAUAGAUUACUUCAGGUCAGUUCCGAAGAAAAUAAAAGUAAACUUUCAGUACCAAAUAAACUCUUAAGCUAGCAAAAUGACAUCAAAAACAACUUAUUUGUUUUGUUUUAUAUUUUAAAUAAAAGAAUGGUGUGUUCAGUUCAGUUUUAGAAAUUCAAUAUUCUCUCGCUACAUUGUGCCUCGCUUUGUAUUUUGUAAGUUACGACAUACCUUUGAACAUCUUUAUUGUUUACUUGACGCCAAACAUUUAAAACACAGAUGUAUAACAUGCUUUAUCUUUGUCCUGCAAAUCUCCUGGUUCACAGGAAGAUAAAUGAAAAAAAAAAACUCCAAAGUCAAAAGGAUAACUAUUAAAUGGUCAUGUGGUAAAUCAGUAAUAACAUUUUAUUUCAUUUUGUUUUAACAAGAUGGUAACUUUUUGAAGAAGGUAACAUUAUGCAGGGGAAGAAAGUGUAUAAGUUUGGAGUCAUAGUCAACCUCUGCUUUCUUCUGUUUCUUCAGAUAAUUGGAUGAUGAUAUUUUUACUUUAAUCUAUCCUGUUUCUCUAUAAUUUCACAUUUUUUUCAUUCAUCCGUUCUUGCUCCAUUUAUUCCUCUUCACACUUUCCCAUUGAUAUUUCAUUGUUUUCUUUUUGCUGUUACUCCAUAGUUAUUAAGUGGCCACAAAGUUGUUGUUUUUCUUGUUUGUGUCUGCUGUUCCUGUUUUUAUAAGCCCUUAUUUGUUUUCUGUUCCUUGGAUUUUUAGUUGUUGUUGUUUUUUGUCACUGUUUAAUCUGUAUGUUUAUCUUUUAUUGUUCUCAAAAUUUUUGAUCAUGUGUUCUUUUCCUCCAUCUUCGGCCCAACAUCUAUUCAUCCAGUCUGUUAUGUUGUUGUUUUUUUCAGGGUAAAGGCUGUUUAUGUGUGAGCGGCAGUGCAAAAAAAAAA